GUUCUACCUUCUCUCCCACACGACAUAUCAGUGACUCCAAGCGGUCUUCGAUCUCAAUGGGUUCAGAUGUCCUCCUCCGUUUGUGAGGCUGGGAGCCGGCUGCAAUGAAAAACUCAAACGUGAGAGUCUUAUAGGUGAACCUUAUAGUUAUUGGAGAUUAUAAUGGCAAGUAUGCUUGUUGAUUUGGACGUUGAGAGUCUUGGUCCAGAGGUCCAUAAAGCGGACAAACCAGACUUUUCAGCAACAAGGAAACUGUACUCUCAUGUCAAGAAAAUGACAUUUGCGAAAUUUGUGGCAUCCAAGAAAGUUCCUCCAGCCUGUGAAAACAGCUCAGCAGCUCUUUGGCACUGCUGUGGACAGCCAUUCAACGAGUCAUCAACAAUCAACAAACAUAUUGCCAACAACCAUGCCAGUGAGAUUCACCAGCUGACCACUGAAACACUGGACGAGAUGCUCCACCAGACUCACAGCGAGGAAGAGUCCAGUAAUGAAGAAUCAACAGAUGUAUCAUCCUGGAUCCCUAAUACAAGCCAUAUCUCAGAGGAUGACCUCAUCAGGGGUCCAGGUGAAGUUCUGCUGUAUUACUGCUACCAUCAGUUAAAUGAUCCUCAGAUCAUUUGUCAGUGGCAGAGAGAGCUUUGUUUAAAACUUAAACUAACAGGCAAGGUACGAGUGGCUACUGAAGGUAUCAAUGGAACGGUUGGUGGCACCAAAACAGCCACUUAUCUUUACAUCAAGGCAAUGCUGUCACAUCCAGCCUUCAAAAUAAUGCAAGUACAGGAUUUCAAGAAAAGUGAAGGAGGUGCAGCGUGCUUUUCUGAUUUGAAGGUUGGUGUUUACAAAGAAAUUGUCCCUAUGGGUGUAGAUCCAGCUAUCAUUUCCUACAGAUUGGCUGGAAUACACUUGGAGCCCAAGGAAUUUCACAAAGAAGUGAAGGCGUUUGUUGAAAAUCAGACCUCGGGCAAUGAUACAAUACUUCUGGACUGCAGAAACUUCUAUGAGAGCAAAAUUGGUCAGUUCAGUCAGUGUUUGGCCCCCAACAUUCGGAAAUUCAGCUACUUCCCAGACUACGUGGAUACAAAUUUGGAUGUCUUCCGGGACAAAAAGGUUCUGAUGUACUGUACAGGAGGCAUCCGCUGUGAGCGAGGCUCGGCUUAUCUCAAAUCAAAAAAUGUAUGCAAGGAGGUGUACCAGCUGAAAGGAGGCAUUCACAAAUACUUAGAGCAGUUCCCCGAUGGCUUCUACCGUGGUAAACUCUUUGUGUUUGAUGACCGUUAUGCCAUCGCAUUCAAUGAGGACGUCAUUUCAGAGUGCAGAUAUUGUAGUUGCCCAUGGGAUCAAUAUCAGCUGUGCUCCACAGACUUCUGCUGCCAGCUGGUUCUGUCGUGCACCACCUGCAGAGAGCGUGGCCUGACGGCUUGCUGUCCUGUGUGCCAAGCCAAAGAGCAGAACCACAGCGACGUCUCCUCCGAUGGGCUUUCUCACCGAGAGGAAUGCGAAUGCACAAUGUCACGUCCCAGAAUCCCCAAAGAUACACUAUGACAAAAUCAUCUUAGAUGGCCUGCCACUUUGUGUGAUUUUAAGAAGUCUGCAAAAUGCUUUUUUAUAUAUAUAUAUAUAUAUAUAUAUAUAUAUAUAUAUAUAUAUAUAUAUAUAUUAUAUACUGUUGUACCCAUUCAGUCAUGAUUUUAAACACCGGGCACAAUGCAAACCUUCAAUAAAUGACAAAUCAUUCUCAUUCUUAAUUUUAUUUGACAUUUGAAAUCAUACAUGUAUGAAUGGGACGUGUUAAUUCUUCCAACAUUAAUCAAGUCAUUAAACUCAAACUAUACACAGACAAAGGUGAUGUACAUAUACACACAUAAAGACAAAAACACAAGAUUUAAUUGCAAUUCCUAGAACAAAAGAUCAAAUUAAUAAAAACAACACAAAAUUU